AAAACACACGAAAAUCCAAAAUUAACAAUAGAAAAAAUCCUCCUCCUUAAACCCCCUUAAACCCUAGCUCCCGCCGCUCCGCACAGUAAGCUCACUUCUCCUCCUCCUCCCCCAUCCAUGGCGGCCGCCCGCGCCACCCUCCCGCUCCCGCGUGUCCCCGCCCCCUCGCCGAGGCCCCAGCUCAGGCCCUUCCCCUCCCUCCCCGCUCGCCGCGGCGCGGUGGCAUGCGGCGCCGGCUCGGCGGCGGCGGGGGUCGCGGCGUCGCUGCGGCUCGGGGACGUGAUCGAGGCGCAGCAGUUCGACCGGGACGCGCUGACGGAGAUCUUCGAGGUGGCGCGGGAGAUGGAGGCCCUGGAGCGCGGGUCCUCCUCCCGCGGCGCCGGGAGGAGCCGCGUCCUCGAGGGGUACCUCAUGGCCACGCUCUUCUAUGAGCCGUCCACGCGCACGCGCCUCUCCUUCGAGGCCGCCAUGCGGCGGCUCGGCGGGGAGGUGCUCACCACCGAGAACGCCCGCGAGUUCUCCUCCGCCGCCAAGGGCGAGACCCUGGAAGAUACCAUAAGGACUGUUGAGGGUUAUUCUGAUAUUAUUGUUCUGAGACAUUUUGAAAGUGGGGCUGCAAGGAGAGCAGCCGCCACUGCAGACAUUCCAGUUAUUAAUGCAGGCGAUGGGCCAGGGCAACAUCCAACUCAGGCUUUAUUGGAUGUCUAUUCAAUAGAGAGAGAAAUUGGCACACUAGAUGGAAUAAAACUUGGUUUGGUUGGAGACCUUGCUAAUGGAAGAACUGUUCGUUCUCUAGCCUAUUUGAUUGCCAAAUACCAAAACAUUAAGAUAUACUUUGUAUCUCCAGAUGUUGUAAAAAUGAAGGAUGACAUCAAGGAAUACUUAACUUCUCAAGGUGUUGAGUGGGAAGAAAGUUCAGAUUUGUUGGAGGUGGCAUCAAAAUGCGAUGUUAUUUAUCAAACACGCAUUCAAAAAGAAAGAUUCGGUGAGAGGAUAGAUCUUUAUGAAGCAGCUCGUGGUAAGUACAUUGUGGACAAGAAGGUCUUAGAUGUGCUGCCAAAACAUGCUGUUAUCAUGCAUCCCCUUCCAAGGCUUGAUGAGAUCACAAUAGAUGUUGACAGUGAUCCGAGAGCUGCAUAUUUUAGACAGGCCAAAAACGGCCUCUACAUCAGAAUGGCGUUGCUCAAACUUCUGCUUGUUGGUCGCUGACAGCUUUCUUAGUGCGUGGCGCUGUGGUGUUGAUGGGGGUCAAAAAAUGUUUGUCUUAAUCAAUGGCUCCAAAUCAACUGAUUAGUAUUGUACUAGGCACCAUAAGUUAGAUCCUUGCAAGGAUUUAACCAUGUCUAGAACUCUAGAUGCAUAAUUUUCGAUGUAACAAAAUAUUCUGAAACAGAGAUUUGUUGCUCUCAUAUGUUCUUGUGAAUCAUUAUCACCGAGGACUGCACUAAUUUUCCUACAGUGUUGUUGCAAGGA